AUGAAAUCUUUGAGUCCCGAUACUUUGCCGCUCCGACCUGCCAAGAAGCAAAAGAUGUCCUCGAUCGAAACUUCUUUGCCAAUCCAUGGAACGCACUUGGAUACCCCACUUCGAGGUGGCAGCAACACCAACAACAACAGCCGGUUGGUUACACCAAGUUUUGCUGAACAAAACAAAGACAAAGAAACUAAUACCGGUACGGAGUUCGGGUCUUCCCUUGAGCGUUUACCUCCGAUUUCCAUGAAAGCAAUUGCGAUGGUAUCCAACAAGAAAUCCAUCCAACAAAACAAGGCCAACAAGAUCUCACAAGCUCAAAAGGAGAACCUCAUACCUAAUAGACUUCUUUCUCCGCGGAAUUCUGCGAAAGAUACUAGCCGAGACAAGCUCAAGGCCGUUCUUCAACGCAACGGGCAGAAUGUCACCGGCACUGUGCAGGUGCUACUGACUCGCGUUGCCGACGGUGAGGCUCAUGGAAAGCUUGGCCUCUGUCCCCGGUGCAAAGGUGGCAAACUCAAGAUUUGCAUGGAUAAUUCUGAGUUUGUCUAUUGCAGCCGCAAGACGCUCUGUGGUUUCCAAUGCGUUGCCCACCAUGCCCCGCGAGCUGGACCAUGGACUUGUGUGUCGUUUGAUGAUGAUGAUGAUAAUGACGAUGCAACUAAUCAUGAAGCACCUUCGGCAACAACCACCACCAGUGCUGGAUUGUCUACUGGUCAGCAGACUGGGGAUGACAACAAGAAAAUACUUUCAAUACUACCGCCUACGCCAUAUUGGAAUGCCCAACAUGGUGGUGCUCAUCCGAUGCAACAAGGCUUUGGGCCUCCUGCAAUGUACCCGUUUUAUUAUCCAGCGCACCACUUUGGUUUUCCACAUCACCAACAUCGUCAACCUUUGUAUCCGUUGUACAUGGGGCAUCCUUCACUGCCACCACCACAGCAAGUUCCUGGGCCUCCUGACAUUUACCGCACCCCACCUCAGAGGACUCCGAAUAGCGAUGGAGUGAAGCAGAACAAAGAUACCAAGGUUCACGAGAAACGAUCGUUUCCAUUGCCAAAUCCCGCUCACUUUCCUGACAGGGGUGCAGCAUCGCUUCAAAGGCAUGAAGCAGGGGCGAGGAAGAAUGAAAAUCACAAAACAAGUCAUAGUAUUUGCAACUACACACCAGCUCAAGUCGCAAUGGCAACGGAAGCCGCCAAAAAUGUCCUAGAAGCAAGGCAGCAGGGGGAGACUGCCAAGCAACCGUGGACAGCCCAAGAAGAUGAAGUUGUACGAAAGGCUGUCGUUUCGUCACGGUGUAAUAAUUUCAAUGCUUGGACAACUUUGGCGCCGUUUUUGCCAGGCCGCAAGGGGAAGCAAAUUCGCGAUCGUUGGGUCAAUCAUUUGAAUCCCAGGCUUUUGCACACUCCAUUUGACAAAGAAGAAGACUUGCGGUUGUGGAAAGCUGUCACAGACUUUGGCACGAGUUGGAAAGAGAUCUCUGUCCGACAUUUCUAUUCCAAACGAUCCGAAAACGCAAUCAAGAAUCGAUGGCACAGUGCCCCAUUCCAGAGAUUCAUCGCUCUGACAUUUGGACCGGACAAAUACGAGGGAGCCAUUGCAAAACUCAAAAAGGGGUCCAAAGACUGUUGA